UGGUGCUACACAUGGGCUGGAUCCUCUACACAGAUGGUAGCCGCGUUGGUCACGGCCAAGGCGCUUGCUCGGCCUCUCGGUCGGCCAUUUUACAUUUUGCUGGCCAACGUCCAACAACCGCCCCGCGCCGUUCGUUCCCGUUGAUCAAUAAGCAAAUCGUACCAUCAAGAUGGCUGGGUAUCAACCGAUGACGACGCCCAACGACGCCAAGAACUACGUCAACGAGGCGGGUCAGGUCGAGUGGGGUGCCAUCCCGCUCAACGCCGCGCUUGACAAGCUCAAGGCGACCCGCGAGGGUCUCUCGUCCGACGAGGCUCAGAAGCGCCUCAUCGAGCACGGCCCCAACGCCUUGCCCAAGAACGAGGUCAACCGCCUCAUGGUCUUCCUCGGCUUCAUGUGGAACCCGCUCUCGUGGGCCAUGGAGGUCGCCGCCAUCUUGUCGAUCGUCUUGCUCGACUACCCGGAUUUCGGCCUCAUUCUCGCGCUUCUGCUCCUGAACGCGUGCAUCGGCUACUUUGAGGAGAUGCAGGCUGGCGACGCCGUCGCUGCGCUCAUGGGCCAACUCGCGCCCGAGUGCAAGGUCUUCCGCGACGGUGCCAUGAUCAACCUUCCGGCUGACCAGCUCGUGCCCGGUGAUGUCAUCCGCAUUCGUCUCGGUGACGUGCUUCCGGCCGAUGUCAAGUUCCUUGAGGGUGAUGCCGUCAAGAUCGACCAGUCGUCGCUCACGGGCGAGUCGCUGCCGGUCACCAAGAACGAGGGUGAUGAAGGCUACUCGGGCUCGAUCUGCAAGCAAGGUGAAAUCGAAGCUGUCGUCACGAGCACGGGUAUCCACACGUUCCUCGGCCGCGCCGCCGAACAAAUUGCCGGCGUCGAGUCGCAGGGCCGCCUCCAGGAAGUGCUCACGACGGUCGGCAACUUUUGCAUGGUCUCGAUCAUCCUCUGGUGCAUCAUCGAACUCGUCGUGCAAAUGGGCGCCCGCAAGGACGAGAACCCGUGCUUGAUCAUUACCGACGGCUGCCUCGGCGUCGCCAACAUCCUCGUCUUGAUCGUCGGCGGUAUCCCGGUGGCCAUGCCCACGGUCUUAUCGGUCACGCUCGCCAUCGGGUCAUCAGCCCUCGCCAAGGAGAACGCCAUCGUCACGCGCCUCACCUCGAUCGAAGAGAUGGCGUCGAUGGAAGUGCUCUGCUCGGACAAGACGGGCACGCUCACCCUCAACAAGCUCUCGGUCGACCUCGACAACUUGAUCCCGUACAACGGCUACUCGACGGAUGAUAUCCUCCUCUUCGGUGCUCUCUCGGCUCGUAUCGAGAACAACGAGGCCAUCGACGUCGUGUGCCACAACACGUACCCCGGUAACGACACGAUGUGGCAGAAGUACACGCUCCUCCACUACACGCCUUUUGACCCGACGACCAAGCGCACGAUCGCCAAGGUCAAGGACAAUGCGACGGGCAAGAUCUUCCGUGCCUGCAAGGGUGCGCCGCAGAUCUGCUUGGACAUGGACGACAACGCCGAGUCGCUUCGCGCUGAAGUCGAGGGCCGCAUCAACGAGUACGCCUCGCGCGGCUACCGUGGUCUCGGUGUCUCGUACUCGGAGGGCGAUGUCCCGAUGGAGGAAGCCACGUGGAAGCUUGUCGGUAUCCUCCCGCUCUUUGACCCGCCGCGACACGAUACCGCCGACACGGUCAAGCGUGCCAUCGAGAUGGGUGUCGCUGUCAAGAUGGUCACGGGUGAUCACCGCGUCAUUGCCAUCGAGACGUGCCGCCAGCUCGGUAUGCCCACCAACAUUUUGGACACGUCGUUCUUCAACCAGGCGCCGCCGCCGGGUGUGAACCUCGCGCAGAUGGUGUACGAGACGGACGGCUUUGCCCAGGUCUUCCCCGAACACAAGUUUGAGAUUGUGCGCCAGCUCCAGUCGCUCGACAAGAUUGUCGGCAUGACGGGUGACGGUGUCAACGACGCCCCCGCCCUCGCACAGGCCAACAUUGGUAUUGCCGUCGAUGAUGCCACCGACGCUGCCCGUGCUGCUGCCGACAUUGUGCUCGUGUCGCCCGGUCUCUCGGUCAUCAUCACGGCCAUCCGCAUGUCGCGUGAGAUCUUCUUGCGCAUGAAGAACUACGCCAUGUACUCGAUCGCGAUGACGGUCCGUAUCGUCUUGACGUUUGGCUUGCUCACGGUGUGCUGGAACUGCUUCUGCGACUUUGUGUGGGACUACUCCAACUUCAACACCAAGUACACCAAGGGCAACAAGGCCAUCGGCCCCGGCAUGCAGAAGAAGGACGGUAUCCUCCGCUCGCUCGUCUACACGCAGGUGUCGAUCUCGGGCCAGGCGCUCAUCUUCGUCACGCGCACGGCCGGUAUCAACACGUGGUUCUUUGCCGAGAAGCCGUGCAACCUCCUCCUCAUCGCGUUCGUCUUUGCCCAGAUCGUGGCGUCGGUCAUCGGCUACUACGGCUUCAACGGGUACCCGUCGGACCGUAUCGCCGUCUUCGGCUGCGGCGGCGGCUACCUCGUGAUUGCCUGGUUGUGGUCGAUCGUGUGGCACUUCCCGCUCGACUUGAUCAAGUUUGCCGUCAACUACGUCCUCAACGCCAACACGUACUCGACUACGGCCUUCGACUCGCGCAUCAACGCCGGCCACCCGUCGCAGUCGCACGCGCGUGUGACGCAGCACGCCCGCUCGGUCCGCGCCUCGCGCACGGUCGCGUAA